AUGACGAAACGGGAGAGAGGCCAUGUGUUAUUUGACAAAGUGUGUGAGCAGCUCAACCUCCUGGAAAAGGACUACUUUGGCAUCACAUUCCGGGACAUCGAAAACCAAAAGAACUGGUUAGACCAAUCCAAGGAGAUGAAGAAACAGAUCAGAGGAGCCGCCUGGAACUUUUCAUUCAAUGUGAAGUUCUACCCUCCAGACCCUGCCCAGCUGUCUGAGGAUAUUACAAGAUAUUACCUGUGCCUCCAGUUGAGGGAUGACGUGGUGUCUGGGCGUCUGCCAUGCUCUUUCGCCACCCACACGGUGCUGGGAUCCUACACGGUUCAAUCAGAGUUGGGGGACUACGAUCUCGAGGAGUCUGGGACGGACUACGUCAGCGAGUUCCGCUUCGCCCCCAACCAGACCAAGGAGCUGGAGGAGAAGGUCAUGGACCUGCACAAAAACUACAAAGGAAUGACGCCAGCUGACGCUGAGAUGCACUUCCUGGAAAACGUGAAGAAGCUUUCCAUGUACGGAGUUGACCUGCACCAUGCCAAGGAUUCUGAGGGUGUUGAGAUCAUGUUGGGCGUGUGCUCUAGCGGUCUUCUGAUCUACCGUGACCGCCUGCGCAUCAACAGGUUCGCCUGGCCCAAGGUCCUCAAGAUCUCCUAUAAAAGGAAUAAUUUCUACAUCAAAAUACGCCCCGGAGAGUUUGAGCAGUUUGAAAGCACCAUCGGGUUCAAGCUCCCCAACCAUAGGGCGGCCAAGAGACUAUGGAAAGUCUGCGUGGAGCACCACACCUUUUUCAGGUUGGUGUCUCCAGAAACUCCCCCCAAGAAGUUCCUAAACCUGGGCUCUAAGUUCCGAUACAGCGGGAGAACCCAGGCCCAGACGCGACGAGCCAGCUCCCAGAUCGUCCGUCCGGCACCCCGCUUCGAGCGCUCCACCAGCAAGCGCUACAUCAUGUCGCGCAGCCUGGACGGAGAGAUGGGCUCGGACCUAUACGGAAGGGCGAAGGGCAUCGCCAUGAGCGACCUCAUCACCACCGUGACACCGGAGAAAAAGGUGGAGGAGAGGAAGGCGGAGGAAGAGGUGGAAGUAGAGGUGGAAGUGGAGGUGGAAGUGGAGGUGGAAGUGGAGGUGGAAGUAGAGGUGGAAGUAGAGGUGGAGGUGGAGGAGGUGGAGGAGGAGGAUGAGACCACGAAAGCCACCGAGAUCUCUCUACCAAGUCCAACCUCUCCCAUUCGACACGACACCAAGGUAUAG